GUCCUCAUAGAGGAGGAAGAGGUGAAAUCCAAAAAAAAGUUUAACACAGACGAGGAGGAGGUGAUUCAGCUCAAACGGCGGAAAUCAGCAGCAAGUGAAUCAGCAAUAAUAGUUGCAGCCAAACAUGGGAUAAUAGAAAUAGUGGAGGAAAUCCUUAAAGAAUAUCCGGUGGCCAUUAAUGACAGGGAUGCAUCUAGGAAGAAUUUAAUAAUGUUGGCAGCGGAGUAUAGGCAUGUGAAUUUAUUUAACUUCUUGAGAAGGAAAAAUUUCCUGAGAGAAAGCACCGUUCGGAAAAUAGAUGAUGAAGGGAACAGUGCUUUGCACCUAGCCGCAGUCUAUUCUAAAGAUAAACUCUGGCCAAUUCCCGGUGGUGCAGCACAGAUGCAGUGUGAAAUCAAAUGGUUCGAGUACGUGAAAUACUCCAUGCCUCGCGUCUCCUUUCGACGCAACAACAAAGAAAAGAGUGCAGAGGAGAUUUUCAAUGAAACCCACACAACCCUGGUGAAAGAAGGUGCGGAAUGGCUUGUCAAAAUCUCAGAGUCGUGCUCCGUUGUGGCGGCUCUUAUUGCCGGUGUUGCUUUCGCUACCUCUGCUUCUAUCCCAGGCGGUAACGACGAGAAGACUGGCAAACCAAAACUGCAAGAACAUACAGCUUUUGAAAUUUUCGCCAUCGCUUCGUUGGUGGCCCUCUGCUUCUCGAUCACGGCCUUAAUCAUGUUCUUGGCCAUCCUCACAUCUCGGUUCCAACAAAGGGAUUUCGCCAGAGACCUUCCGGUGAAGCUCUUACUAGGAUUAACUUCGCUUUUCAUUUCCAUAGGAGGAGUCUUGGUUUCAUUUUCAUCUGGACAUUCUUUGGUGACAGAAGAUAAAUUCAGAUAUGCCAUCUUUCCCGUUUAUGCUGCCACUUGCCUUCCCAUUUCCAUAUUCGCCGUUGCCCAGCUUCCGUUGUAUCUUGAUCUUCUCCGGACUAAUUUCAAGAGUCGGUUUGAUUACCGUUAGUUCACAGUAUUAAAUACGUCAGCUGCAAGCUUAAACAUGCAGAGGAAUAAGUUAAUUUGUUACCAAAUAAUUUUAUUUUUUUUUUUUUGGGUGAAAUUUUUACCAAAUAAGUUAUUUUCUAAGAUGAUCUCAAAAAAAACGAAAAAGAAAAAAAAAAGAAGAAGAAAUUGUCUAAGAUUUGUGUUUUGAUGUAUUUUGAAACAGGGUUUUAUGAUUCAAUAUUUAUAUGCUA